UUUGCAGGUAAAUGGACGGCAUGGCAGGAUGCCACCCUGUGUACCGGUACAAGUUGCAAGGAUUGUGAAAGAGAUGGACGGUUUAUACCGUAUCAUCACAUCGGACAAAAGAUGGUCAGAAUGGCAGAAUUACGGUUAUUGUGAGUGUGAACCCUACACUCAAACUGGGAUAAUCAUGCAAAAGAGGCGCUGUAACAAUCCAGCGCCUGUUUACGGUGAUCGCAUGCGUACAACCCCCAGUGGAGAAGAUGCAAUGGAAGAGUCUACCGUGGAAAUAUGCGAUUGUCCAAAUAUUGUGACAACUACUACCACAGAAAAGCCCGAACGCUUGUGGAUGUGCUGUUGUGAGAAAGAGCGCCUCGAUGGCAGCUCCCAGCCCGAGCCGGUGACCAAAGGAACAGUUUUUGGACGUGGUCGCCGACAGUCCGAGGAUUCCCCGGACUACUUUUUGGACUGCAUAACGGACAAAAAGGAUACAAACUGCUGUAAAUCCCUGGAGGAGAGCACAGCAGCAGAAAAACCAGAAGAAUCCCAGCAGAAAAUCUAUGAUAAUUAUUAACAAUAGUACAUCCAAUAAAGGCCAGACACAAAAGACGAGGCCUAUGGGUCGUCAAACAUUGCGAAUAUUGUAAUUUAAAAUUUGAACUGUUAGAGUUUGAUCGAAUUAAAGGGCAAUCUGUGUUACAUUAUGACGUUUGUACGAUAAUUUUAAACACUUUUAUGUUUGGUGGAUUUUUAUGGGUACGUGGACACAUGGUUUCUACAUUAUGAGAAAACAUGCAUGCCAAAGGAUUGUACAAACACGCGCAAAUAUACGUACAUAUGUAAA